AUGCUACCAUCGCUACCAUCAAUCGCUAUUAUCUUAGCUAUUACAGCUGCAACUCAUGCCUUUCCAAUAUGUAAAAUUCCGAUGGAAAUCCAAGGCACGAUACAAACAUUGAACGUUAUGCAAGCGAAUAAAGAUGCAAAGCCCAACUUAUCUGCUCAAUCGUACAAAUUUACACAAGAUUUUAAGUCGAAAAGAAUUCGUUUAGAUGGUCAAGUAAAUGGAAUAAAUACAACAAUCAUUGAAGACUUCGUUGAGCACAAGAUCUAUACAAUCAUUAACAAUGGAAAGAAAUGCGUCACUGGUAAUUUAACAAUUUCGUUUCCGGAUGCCAAGGCUUUAAAAAAUGCCACCUACCUUGGAAUGCACACUGUUGGAGGUUCAUUAGCUGUAUACAUAUAUCGGUUCUCAUUGGCUAAUAUAUCAGCAACUGUUGAAGUAGCAAAGAAAACCUGUUUGCCUGUCGUUGAAGCAGCAGAAAUUAAAUUUGGUAAAUUGGUUCUUCAUUCAGCAAUAUCAUUCUUAGAUAUGAAACCGAAGAUCAGCAAUCCAAAUAUUUUAAAGAUUCCUUCCAUUUGUUCUCAACACGCGACAAGAACCGAAAAUAGAUUUAGUUCUAAAAGUAGUUUAAGUAAACAUAAAAUUCUGGGUAUUCACCAUCAUCCUCGUACAAGGGUUAUGUCAGCAGCUGCAGCUUUAAUCCUUUAG